AUGGAGAGGAUCCUAGGACCAGUGCCCAAGGAGUGUCUUGUUGAUGACCUAUGCAAGUGUCCAGCUAACUUUGUCCGACACGCGUGGGAUGCAUGGGGUUUUCAAAAGCACCAAGAGGGGCACGCUGUAUGCCACGGCAAACAGGAAGUAUCAGUCCUUCAGAAGUAUCAGGCCGUGGUCAAAGGUCUGACCGUCGACGACCUCAUGGCGUUUGUCAGCGGGCUGAAGGCGGAGCUCUACACUGAGGGGCUGGUGCAGGGAAACUUCACCAGCACGGAGUCCAGGGGGUUUCUGCAGUACUUCACCCAGAAGCUGCAGUACCAGCCUCUGUCUGCAGAGGUCCCCGUGCUGUUCCGGGUGGUGGAGCUGCCUCAGAAAAAUCAUCUCUGUAAAGUCAAAUCUCUCAAUAAGGGAGACGCAAACUCUGAGGUCACCGUCUACUACCAGUCGGGGCUGAAGAACCUCAGAGAGCACGCCCUCAUGGAGCUGAUGGUGAUGCACAUGGAGGAGCCCUGCUUCGACUUCCUCAGGACGAAGGAGACACUGGGGUACCAGGUGUACCCGACCUGCAGGAACACCUCAGGAGUGCUGGGCUUCUCCGUCACCGUGGAAACACAGGCCACCAAGUUUAGCACCGAGUUUGUCGAGGCGAAGAUCCAAGAGUUCCUGGUCAGUUUCGGGGAACGCCUGGCGAGUCUGAGCGAGGAGGCCUUCAGGACCCAGGUGACGGCUCUCAUCAAGCUGAAGGAGUGCGAGGACGCUCACCUGGGGGAGGAAGUGGACCGCAACUGGUGUGAGGUGGUCACCCAGCAGUACGUCUUCGACCGGCUCAACAAGGAGAUCCAGGUUCUGAAGCACUUCACUCAGGAGGAGCUGGUCUCCUGGUUCCUGGAGCACAGAAACACCAGCAGCAGGAAGCUCAGUGUACAUGUGGUGGGCUUCGGGGUCGAGGAGAACGACCCCACGGAUCAGAGCGUCGCCUGCGGCUCAGACGGCUCUGACAACCCCCCCACCUCGUCCUACGGCGAGGUCAGCGAGCUGACCUUCCUGUCGGCCUCCUCGCCAUCACUCCAGGACGCCACGCUCAUCAGCGACAUCAGAGCGUUCACUCCCCCCCCCCCCCUGCACCCCUACCACAAAAUCCUCAGCUUGGCCACUCCCACUGCAGAGCGCCAACAAACUCCACUAAAGACUGACACAGUAACCAUGGCGAUGACUAGCACUCGUAAUCACACUGGUCAAAGAGGUCGAGUUUAGGACACAAACCGAGAAACGUUUCAGAAAUGUAAGUUAUUUUCUUUAUGUGAUAACGCUGUGUUCAUGUCCUGAAGGAAAAUGUAGAUCUGAGCUUCUUAUUGAUAAAUCAUCAUCGGCUGUAAAUAAAAAUGGACGACGCUUCUCCACCCACUUCAGAAAAGAAGCGAAAAUAUCUCAGAUGCAAACGCUGCCAUCUUGUGGUGGUGAGGUCAUUUACAGUCAGAGUGUAAUCCGACCUAAUCAUCAAACAACAAAUUGAAUCUGUUAACAUGGAGGUUUAUUACCUUUACUGCAGCCAGCCACCAGGGGGCGAAAGAGAUGCUUCAUCAUGUCGUCCAUCUUUAGUUACAGUCUGUGGUUCAGACCUCAGUGUAAAAAUGAUUGAACUUUGACCUUAAACCCAAAUUAAACCAAGUCUGUG